GCUUGUACGAGAUUGUGUUGGAAUUCUAGUUCCUCUGUGAAUUUUAAAGUGUAAAGAACGAAUAUUAAAAAAAGGCAAAUUGUUUCAUUUCGAAUAAGAAGUUAUCAACGAGGUCUAUUAAAAAUGUCAAGUCAUAAUCAUCCAUACGGAAAGUCUGAAAAUGUCUUAGGAUUUGGAGAAGAUAGCAAAGUUUUUAUUAAAGAAGAGCCAUUAAAGGACAUGUUCCUUCAUCCUGAUGUUAAGCAUCGCAAAAUUGUCGCAUUUUCAAUUAUUGGUGCUUAUCGCAAAGGAAAAUCUUUCUUUCUUGAUUAUUGUCUUCGCUAUUUGUAUGCUCAUUAUCCAUCAAUCAACUAUCCAAAUAAUCCUGUCUCAAAUCCUACCAAUUGGAUGGGUGAGGAGGAUGAACCAUUGAAUGGAUUUUUAUGGCGUCCAGGAACAAUCCGAAUCACAACAGGCCUGGAAGUUUGGAAUGAUAUUUUUUUACACACUGACGAAAAGUCGGGUGAAGAAAUUGCAAUUUUUGUGAUGGACACACAUGGACUGUUUGACAGUGAAACUUCAUCGUUGGAUAACUCAAGAAUUUUUUCACUUGGAACCUUGAUAUCAUCAAUUGAAGUUUUGAAUCUAUCAGGUGUAAUUCAGGAUGACCAGCUGCAAUUCUUACAGUUUUCAACUGAAUGUGCAAAAUUCGCAACAAUCGAGCAACAAGGAACAGCUGAUAAAUGCUUUCAAAAUUUAAUAUUUCUCAUUAGAGAUUGGGACAAUCCCGAUGAAUUCCAAUACGGCAUUGAAGGAGGCAGUAAAUAUUUAAAACAUUUCAUUGAAGUAACUGGCAGGAAGAAAAAGGAAUUAAAGUAUGUGUGUGAAUCUAUCAUUGAUUCAUUUGAGAACAUCAACUGCUCACUGCUUACUCAUCCAGGAAAGAUAGUGUCAAGAGGCAAGAAAGGCACACAAGAAUAUGAUGGCAACUGGAAAGGAAUGGAUGAAGACUUUAGAGACCAACUCUUUACAUUAAUAGACUAUCUCCUAAAACCUGAGCAGUUGGCUGUAAAGAAAAUCAACGGAAAUGAAACAAAUGGAGAAGAUUUCUUAAGCUUUAUACUUACUGAGUUAAAGGACUUCCAGACAGAUGAUCUAUUGAAAUCUCAAACAUUACGCGACCUGAUGACUGAGAAGGAAAUGGAAGCUCUUAUUAGUUUCUGCAUUGAACAUUACAAAGAAGUUGGAAAUCGAAAUAAAGGCACAAUACAAAAUGACGAAGACAUUCCAAAACUUCAUGAACAAUGCAAGAAGGAAGCCUUAGAUAAAUAUGACAGCUCAAAAAAGAUGGGAAAUGAUGUGGAUAGCAAGAGAUUUCGGCGAGUGUUGGAAGAAAGGAUUGAACAAUUAUUUACCGAUUUGAUAGUUCAACUCGAAAAUGAUAAGAAGAAGUUGGAAGAUGAAACAGAAAAGCUUCGUUCAGAGUUGGACGAAAGGCAAAAAAAGGAGCUUGAAAAAAUAGAACACGAAAAGAAACUUGCUGAAGAACGCUUAGAAGCUGGUCGAAAAAAAGCUAAAGAAGCUUUAGAACACGAAGCGAAACUUAAGGAGGAAGAAAUUGUAAAAAUCAAUAAGCAAGCUGAGCAAGAGCAAAUUGCUGCCCAACAACAAAGAGAAGAGCAAGUCAAAGCUACCAAAACUGUAAUUGAGGCUAUUCACGAAACUGUGGCAGAGUCAAAACAGCAGCAUGAAGACAACAAAAAGAAGGAACUGGCGAUGCAAGAGGAGAAAGAAAUGGAACAGAUUCAAAGUAUGGAUCAUACUGAACUUAAGGAUAACUCUAGUUUUGGCGAUGAGUCCAACUCUGAUGACCCAAUAACUACAUCAACAACUCUUAAGCAAAUCGAACCAUUACGAGGCACCAACAAAGAAGAUAUUGAAAAAUGGAAGCAAGAUCUGUUCUUAAAAAACUCACUUGCUACUGAAUCAAGUAAAACUAUGAAUGAUGAUAAAUUGAAGCUUGAACCAUUGGAUGUUAACAGCCAAUUUCCAUCAUUACACACAGCUACAGUAGCUGUAGAUGCAACCAAACCUGGAAGAUUUCCAAUUACUCAUAAAGCCGACCAAGAACAAUUUAAAAAUCCAAAUGUUAAGGACAAAGUAUUUGAACAGUUUCAGGAUGAUCCGGUACCAAUGGAACCAUUUUGUGAAGCAGCUCAAGAUUAUUCAAUUAGGGAACAAAGUUUAACACCAGUGUCACAUGCUGAAGCAUCAGACUUUCGCGCACAUCCCUUAACUCCUCAAAAGGAACCUAGAAAGGUUUAUGCAGCACAGCCAACAACUCCACAAAAUAGGGAAUUGUAUGGUAAAAAUGUUAAAAUCCUAGCAUUUCCAAGUAACAACAAUCCAUCAAUUGAUGAUGAAUUUCUGAGAAGCAUCUUCGAGCAUCCUGAAGUAAGAGAUCGUAAAAUUGUAGUUUUUUCAAUUGCGGGAACUUCCAGCAGAGAAAAUAACAAACUUCUUAGUUAUUUCCUUAAUUAUUUGUAUAUUCUUUACACAUCAUUGCAAAAAUUUUCAUCUCCGAUUCACAUGAACUAUUCUGCACAAGAUGGAGAUGAUUCAGCUUUAUUUAUGUGGAAUGAUGUCUUUUUACAUGAAAAUUAUAGAACAGAUGACAAAGUUGCGAUUAUCUUGAUGACCACGCAAGGGCUUUUUGAUGAUCAAAAGACGCCAAAGGAUAAUGCCAGAAGUUUUGCAAUUGGGAUGCUGAUUUCCUCAACUCAAGUCUUAAACUUGUCAAAAGAAAUUCAUACAAAUCAAUUAAAGAAUCUUGAUGACGUUGCAAAAUUUGCUGAAAUUGUGGCUGCUGGGAGUCAAAGAAUUGAUAUCUCCCUUCCACAACUUGUUUUUCUUAUAAGGAAUUGGAGUAAUGAAAAAUAUUCUUAUGGCAUGACGGGUGGAAAUGACUAUUUAACGCACUUGCUAAGCCCUGGAAUGUUAUCAAGCAUUCCUCUUCUGAAUAAAGAAUCAAAGUCCAUACGAGAGAUGGUUCGUAAUUCAUUUAAAAAUUCAAGAUGUGUUCUACUUCCUAGGAGCCUCCUGCCUGGUAGCCAUGCAAGUUCUUCCAGAUCACAAAGAAAACAGUCGUCAAGCUUUGAGAUGGAGAUGAAAAACCUUGUUGAAAAUCUCUUUCAUUCAGAAAAUUUGAUGCCAAAAAUUAUUAAUGGAGUGUCAGUAACGGGUCGAGAACUUUACAGCUAUAUUAAAGUAUAUUUUGAACAUUUCAAAUCUGAAAUGAAUUCACAGCCAUCAAACAGACAUAAUCACUUAAAUAUGAUCGCACAAAUUGAAAUGUGCUUUGAGCAAUAUAAAGUUACUGUCUAUAAAAACAAGGAUGUCAUUUCAAGUCCUGAAAAUAUUGCAAAACUUCACAAAAUGAGCAAAGACAGUGCGAUAAACAUGUUUUAUGGCUAUUGUGAUAAAAUUGGAUAUGUAGACAAUGACAUGAUUUAUACAAGAGAAUUGGAAAAGAAAAUUGAAGAUAUUUACAGUGCUUUUCAGAAUCCAUCUGACGAAAAUAUUGAAGAGUUUGAAAAAGAAAGCCAAAAAAUUGAAGCAUUGCUACAAGAAAAGCAAAAAAUGGAAGAGAAUUUUGCAGUUGAAAAACAAAUUUUGACGGAAUUGUCAGAAAUAAAAAUUGCAAAUGCUAAAUUAGAGUGUGAAAAGAGAAUAUUACAGGUAAAACUAGAACAUGAACAAAAAUUCAGUGCGGUCUUAGAAAGUAAAAUUGAUCAUCUCAAAAAAUCAGGGAGCUGUGAAAUUAUGUAGGAACAAAACCAUGCUUUCUUAACAUGUGAAACCGUGUGAAUCUGAUCAAUCUUAAUUUAAUGAUUUCAGCUUUGCAGCCAUGAACUUUUGCUGGAAAUUGUGAAAAAAGAAUUAAAUAAAUAAAUCAGAAUCAACUUCUUUAAUCUUUUCUUUAUUUGACAUUGCAUCAAUAAAAGCGAUUUUUUUAAGGGCAACUCACGAAAGGGGUCAUUCACUUAUGACGUCCAUAAAUAAACACGAUUUUUGGACCCCCUUUUUAGCGCAUUUUUUAAAGUUGUUUCUAAGAGGUAGCUUAAUAUCUCACUAUGUCUGUUCGUUCGGGCGGAGAAAAACUUUUUAACUAGACAUCGUAGAAUGUUCUAGUUUGUUUUAUUAGCUCCGGUCCAUUGUUUUAUUUUCGGGAAACGCAUUUAAAAGUCUUGAAAGAGUGUUUUUGUACUAUAAUUAAUGAUUUUUAUAUUUCAUAUGAAAAAACACGUGAUGAGAGCGUUUAGAAAUUCGAAUUUA